AGCAGAGCGGCAAACCCUCGGCAGCGCUCGCUCUUCUCGCUUUAUUUCAGCUUCAGGAAGAGCCAUGGAGGCCGCGCUCAUCUUCCUGUGCUCCCUGCUGGUGCCCGCAGCCCUGGCAGACGUGGCCACCCAGGAGAAGGAGGAGGAGGAGGAUCCCUUUAACUAUGAUUACCAGAGCCUGAGGAUCGGGGGGCUGGUGUUCGCCGUGGUCCUGUUCACCGUGGGCAUUCUCCUCAUCCUCAGCAGGAGGUGCAGGUGCAGUUUCAAGCAGAAGCCCAGGGCUCCGGGGGACGAGGAGGCUCAGGCAGAGACCCUGAUCACCUCGAAUGGGCCGGGCUGCCGGGGGCUCCGGGGCCGUGCCAGCCCUGCCGGGGGGAGCGAGCGUCCCUCGGGGCCGGCUCCCACCCCCGGCCGGGUUAAUCGGUUCGAGCGCGUGACUCCCGCUCGCCGAUGGCGGUCGCAGCCUGUGCGUGAGCCCAUCCUGGGCCGGUCACCGCGGCGGGAGGUGAAGCCCAGCAGGGCGGACAAUGGGAACGGGAGGGAGCGCCGCCACAAGGACGCGCAGCUCGGCGUGCCCAGCCCUCCCCACGGCUGGCACGGGGUGCCCACUCGCAGAGCGAGGCGCCCGCCGGAGCGACGACACGCCGAGGCCAUGGGUGACGAGCAAGUGCCUGAGCAGGGCCAGGACAGGUUCAGCUACGACUAUGACACCAUCCGCAACGGGGGGCUCAUCUUCGCCGUCGUGGCUUUUGUCAUCGGGCUCCUCAUCAUCCUCAGCCAGCGGUUCCACUGCGGAGGGAGGAAGAAGAGGAGACAAGGGAACGAGGACGAGCUGUAGGUGCAGAGCUGCGGUGCCCCCAUGGAAGCAGAGCUGCAGCCCAAGCCCAGCACUCCUGGCCGGCGGCCACCCCUGACCCCGCUCCAGUGGAUCCAUUGCCCCGCAGGGCCAGAAGGCAAAUUACCCUCGUGCUUCCCCCUCUCUUGGACCCAGCGAGAGUUCCUUGGCUAAUAAAGUUCAGCUCUGAGAGGUUAAA